AUCCUCCUGUCCAAUCACAGCGGCUGAAUUAAAAGUACAUCGUGCCCAUGUACCGGCACGUGUGUUCCUGCGUGUAAACUAGUGUUGGGGGAGGUGAGCAAAAAUGUCUACAGCACUUUCAGACUGCGAAGUAAAGCCUGUCGUCGCUACCAGGACCUACACUGUGUCUUUGUGACUUCAAACACCUCAUCGUGGAAUAUCUACGCUGUUAUUACGCAGUUGUUAUCGUUUUGAAGCAUAUCUAAGGUGGCCUAUAGCACCUAGAGCAUCACAUCUCUGAAGAGGCAAGGAGACCAAAUACAGUGUGAAAAGUGUUUUUCAUUGCUCUCACCAAGAGCUGUUUUUCUCACUCUCCUUCACAAUCCUCUCAUCCCAUCUGUUGGAGCACUUGUGCCAAGGCCGUUUCAUAAACAGAAAUUCUUCUCGUGUCAGCAUCACUUCAAGUGACAAUUUUUCCUUGAGAUAAUUGCUGUCUUUUUGGAAAGGCAGCCUUUGGUCAUUUGCGAUAAUUUUUACAGCAGUUUGAAAAUCUGCACUUUUUGAAAACCCUAAAGAGGGGCUUACAGCCCAAAGCUCUUUGUUUUUUGCCCCUUUUUUGCUUAAGAAGCAAUGAGUUUCUCUCCUUAGUUCUUUAACUACCAAACAGCAAUCAUGAUUCACAUGGUUAUACAUAGUAGUCCCACUUAAAUUAAAGUUAUUCCUGUUUCCAUCUUGGCUGACACCUUUAAUAAAGCUGCUCCAGCCUCAUCCUACUCUAGUAUGAGUUAUGACAACUCUAAAUCAAUGGCGAGCAGCAGCACUCGGGGACGAGUGGCAAGGGCUGACGAGAAAGACAAUGACCAGGAAGCUGAAUCAGAAGGGUUAAACUCUCUGAAGACCAGCAGUGGUCAGCCCAGCGCCGGUGUCCCCACUCAGGAGCAGGGAAGUGGAAAUGGAGGCGACUCCACUGGUGAAUCUUCUCCCAGUGUGGGGUCAGGGUCCGGAGGUUUGUCCCGAGACCGAAGGGGGCCCAACUCGGAUGACAUGGACGGACUCUCCAGCGGGAACGACUCCGGGGACAGGGAAAGCGAGAGACGGAUGGGGAGAGACAACGGGUCACGUGGACGCCAGUCCGUGCACAGCUCCCACAGCUCGUCAAACGGCAAGGACUCCGGCAUGAUGCUGGAAACCACAGAGAGCAACAAAAGCUCCAACUCCCAGAGCCCCUCACCUCCCAGCAGCUCUCUGGCCUACAGCUUGCUGUCGACCAGCUCCGAGCACGACCCCCCUUCCACCUCCGGCUGCAGCAGCAACCAGUCGGCGAGGGUCCAGACCCAGAAGGAGCUGAUGCACGCCAUCAAGGAGCUGAAGCUCCGCCUCCCAUCCGAGCGCAAAACAAUGGGCCACGGCAGCACGAUAAACGCACUUAAAUACGCACUUCAGUGUGUCAAACAAGUCCGAGCCAACAAAGAGUACUAUCACCAGUGGAGCGUGGAGGAGUGUCAUGGCUGCAGCCUCGACCUAUCUGCCUUCACAAUUGAGGAGUUGGACAACAUCACCUCAGAAUACACACUCAAAAACACUGACACCUUCACCAUGGCCGUGUCCUUCUUGUCUGGGAAGGUCGUGUACGUGUCACCCCAGGGCUCGUCCCUGCUGCGCUGUAAGCCAGAGCGUCUCCAGGGCACCAUGUUUUCCGAGCUUCUGGCCCCGCAGGACGUCAGCACUUUCUACAGCGGCACGGCGCCCUGCCGCCUGCCGAACUGGGCCUCCUGCAUCGGGUCUGCUUCUCCUCCAGUCGACUGCACCCAGGAGAAGUCCAUGUUCUGCCGAAUCAGCGCCGAAAAGGCGCAGGGCGGCGAGAUGCGCUACUACCCCUUCCGCCUCACGCCCUACCAGCUCACCAUCAAAGACUCGGACGAUUCUGAGCCACAGCCCUGCUGCCUGCUCAUUGCAGAGAGGGUCCACUCCGGAUACGAAGCUCCUCGUAUCCCUGCGGACAAGAGGAUCUUCACCACCAGUCACACCCCCAGCUGCCUCUUCCAGGAAGUUGACGAGAGGGCAGUGCCAUUGUUGGGCUACCUGCCUCAGGACUUGGUUGGAACUCCCGCUCUGCUCUACAUCCACCCCGAAGACAGGCCCAUGAUGGUGGCUAUACACGAGAAGAUCUUUCAGUUCGCAGGGCAGCCGUUUGACUACACGCCCUUCAGGAUGUGCGCCCGCAGCGGGGAAUAUCUGACUAUCGACACCAGCUGGUCUUCCUUCGUCAACCCCUGGAGCCGGAAGGUGGCCUUCAUCGUAGGCCGCCACAAAGUCAGAACGAGCCCUCUGAACGAAGACGUGUUCACGACGCCCCAGGGCUGCGAGACUCGGACCACCACGCCCGACGUGGUGCAGCUGAGCGAGCAGAUCCACCGGCUCCUUGUGCAGCCGGUGCACAGCGGCGGCUCCCAGGGCUACAGCUCGCUCGGGUCGAGCGGCUCGCGAGGCUCCCACCGCUCGCACCAACAGCACCUCAGUGCCUCGGCCGCCUCCUCCAGCGACAGCAACGGCCCCACCAUGGAGGUCGUUUGCGCCGCCGCCCCGGUCGCUUUGCACAAACCCAUGACGUUCCAGCAGAUCUGCAAAGACGUCCACAUGGUCAAGACUAACGGGCAGCAGGUUUUCAUCGAGUCCCGUAACCGCCCAACACCCAGAAAAAACACCAGCACAGGCGCAAUAAAAAACAUCCGAGCCAUCAGCACCGACCCCAUCAAAGGUUUGAUAGCCGACAUGACUAAGCCGCCCAAAGCUGUGAUCCCCGCUCCACUAAUACCGAAGGAGCCCCCGACCGGCUACUCCUACCAGCAGAUCAACUGUCUAGACAGCAUCAUAAGGUACUUGGACAGCUGUAACAUUCCCAACACGGUUAAAAGGAAGUGCGGCUCCUACACCGCCUCCUCCACGUCGGAUGACGACAAACAGCAGGAGGCCAGCAACAACACAGGUGGUUCAGUUAACCUUGUAAGUGAACCACCUUCUCUGCCUCCCCUGACCAUGGCCACAAAGGCAGAGAGUGUAGCCUCAGUCACGUCGCAGUGUAGCUUCAGCAGUACCAUCGUGCAUGUGGGAGACAAGAAGCCUCCUGAGUCAGACAUCAUCAUGGAGGAGGCCCCCACAACUCCCACUCUCGCUCCUCCUCCACCGACCACACCGACUCCUCUGAGCAGCAGGCUAGCGCCUCCCGCUAACGCAGCCAUCACCAUUCCUCCCCUCUCUCCCCCGCCUCCUCCUCCCGCUCAAGCCACUCAGCCGGAGAGGGACAGUCGGAGAGGUGGAAGUGUAGGAGGAGGAGGAGGCCGGAUGGGUCUCACAAAAGAGGUGCUGUCCGCCCACACCCAGCAGGAGGAGCAGGCGUUCCUCGACCGAUUCAAAGACCUCAGCAAGCUGCGCGUUUUCGAUCAGACGGCGUCUUCGGCACUGCGCUGUCAGAACCCAGCUGCCAACCCUCUGUCACGAGGAGUUCGUUGUUCUCGGGAUUACCCGGCCGCGGGAAGCAGCACCAGUCACAGACGUGGUCGCGGCGGUAAGAGGCUCAAGCACCAGGAGUCGUCGGACCAGCACAGCUCUCUGAGGCUGAGCGGGAGCCGCCACGACCCCAUCACCCCCACCAUCCCCAUGGCCAUCAACAUGCCCAUCGCACCUCCCACAAACUCCUCCUCCUGGCCGUCUGUGGGCUCCCAGGCCAGCAUUCCCGCCGCCCCUUUCGCUCCCGGUAUGCUUCCCAUCUAUCCCGUUUAUUCACCUCUGGCUCAGCCCGUCAUACCCGUCCCGGACCCCACGCGGGUCGCCCCCAACCAGAUCGUACCUCCCAUGAUGGCGCUCGUUCUGCCCAACUACAUGUUCCCCCAGAUGGGAGCGCCCCUCGCUCAGCCGGGCCCCGCCCCCGGACACUUCUACAACCCGAACUUUGUACCCACGUACCCCGCCGCCCCAGCGGCGCUCCCCACCGUCAUGUCCCACCCCGUGCCCAUUCCCGCCACCAUCGCCCCGUCCCGCAGCAGCACCCCGCAGUCCUACAGCCAGACGCCAGCUGACCGCGAGGGAGCAGAGUCCCCCCUCUUCCAGUCCCGGUGCUCCUCGCCGCUCAACCUCCUGCAGCUGGAGGAGUCGCCGAGCAACCGGUUAGAGGUCGCCACGGCCCUGGCAGCAUCGCAGCAGGCCACGCCGUCCGUGCAGGGCGGCGUGACCGGAGGACAGUCGGCCAACCAGGGGAGCUCCGACGACACCUCGAAGGAGAACGAGAAUGGUGAAGCCAACGAGUCCAACAACGACGCCAUGUCCACCUCCAGCGACCUGCUGGACAUGUUGCUACAGGAAGACUCCCGCUCAGGCACCGGUUCAGCUGCAUCUGGUUCCGGGUCCUCAGGCACCAGGUCCUCUGGUUCAGGCUCCGGCUCCAACGGCUGCAGCUCCUCUGGCACCAGCGGCAUGAGCAGCAGCCAGGGCAGCCACACCAGCAAGUACUUCGGCAGCAUCGACUCAUCAGAGAACGAUUCCCGCAAACAGCCAGCAGGGGGCAGCAGCAGCGCAGGAGGAGACGGUGCCGAGGAGCAGUUUAUCAAGUGUGUCCUGCAGGACCCCAUCUGGCUGCUGAUGGCCAACACAGACGACAAAGUCAUGAUGACUUAUCAGCUGCCUCUCAGAGACAUGGAGACAGUGCUGCGAGAGGACCGCGAGGCCUUGAGGAGCAUGCAGAAACACCAGCCUCGCUUCACUGAGGACCAGAAGAGGGAGCUGAGCCAGGUGCACCCCUGGAUCCGCACAGGACGCCUGCCCCGAGCCAUCAACAUCUCUGGCUGUACAGGCUGCAAGUCUCCCCCCGCCGUGCACCCCGCCGCUCCGUUCGACGUGGAGAUUCACGAGAUGGAGCUGUGCAGCGUGCUGAAAACUCAGGAGGAGGGCAAGAAAAAUCUGUUGGAGACGGCCAUGGACGAAGCUCACCCCGAGGACGAGGACGAAGAAGAGGAGAAGGGAACCAAAACACAGAACAUUAACCAGGACAUCACAACAGAGGACCCUGAAGCGACCUCAGAAGAUGUGAAAGAAAAGUCUCACAUGACUCACUAAGCAGACGGCCAAAGAUGGAGAACACUAUCACAAAGUUUCUGUGCUGACACGCAGAAAACGUGCACCGUCCGCCACUUCCUGUGCUCCAAACUUCAUUUACAAAAUGGUGUAAAGAUGUUAAAACGGGAUCUGCUGGGACAUUUAAAAAGGUGCAUAUCGGUUGAGACUUCCAUUGAUUUUUGGACACGCGUCCAUUCCUGAAGUCUGACUUUGACGACAGUAUAACAGGCAUGUUGUAUGACAUUAAAUGCCUUGGAAAAGACAGGUCACGCACACUCAGUUUAAGAGUGGAUCAGCACUUCACUUUCCUUCUUCUUGUCAUUCUUGGCAUAUUUAUUGAAGGUGUAAGAUAAUCAGAGAGGACAAAGGCGAAUGUGUAACAGAAAAGGCACCUUUGACGUAAAGAUGGAUGUGCUACGAGGAAAAAGAAGGGAGUUUAUCUGUGACUUUUCUUCUUGUCGAAUGUGUCCCAGGUGGUCUGGGAUCCCACUUGUUUCUAAAAAAAAAAAAAAAAAAAAUUGCCCCAGUUAAAGAAAAACUUACACCCGAUAGACAAAAUGUACAGUGAGAACCAGGUUAAUUUUUGUAAACAAUGUGUAUAUUUUUAUACUUUCAUCCACUGCAAAUAGAGAAAGGAUAAAUGCCCGAGAGUGUCGACUGUAACGAGGGAAAAAUGUGAAAGUCGAGGAUCCAAAUCUUGUCGGUGACGAAAAGAAAAAAAAAACAGUCUUUGAAGCGAAGAUGACACAUACAUUGAGGGAUGUACAGGUAAUUGUGGGGCACGGUGGCAAUCGCCAGGAGAUCGAACCUGGACUUGUAAGGUCUCUCCUCGGCCGGGCAUUAGUUUGUGCAUUGGUGUGGUUUCCCCCCCACAGUGGGAAAUGAACAAUGCCUCUCUAAGAAUUCACAGACAGUAUUUCCCAAACUGCACCAUUCUGAGACGGAAGGCUCCCGUGUUGCCAGUUCUAUCACAUUGGAAAGUGCAUUGAAAAGAGGUGGACGUAACUCUCUCAAAAGUCUUUUUGAGAGAGUUUGGAGAGCGUUUACUAUCUUUUUUUUCCCCUCUCUGUCCCUUUCGCUCUUUCUCUUCCUCUCUGUGGCACUGUUCUGGUCAUGUGAUAUCCUUUGCUUUAUGGCGUCAGUGGUGUCUGCAACAGUUUCUAAAUAUUUUUGUGAAAUUCUUUGUACAAAAAAAGACAAUAAAACUUCAAAAUCCUUUAAA